GCAUGCGCAGUGAGUGUAAACAGGAAGAAGAGUGCAAAAUUAAACACGGUUGAUGGACGUUGCGUUACAUUGACAGGAUCGAAUUAAAAUCGUGGUGUGAUAUCCAAAAUUUUCUGCAAAUCGUGCAGCUCGGUUAAUCGUCGUUAAUAAAACUCCAGCGAACGAUGUGUCUCAACGACAUCUAAUAGAAAAUCACGACGAAUUGUUUGGCUUACUAGCGGCAUUACCAACCUCGCUCCUUUUGUAAAUGGUUAACAGACAGAUAUCAAUAUAAUCUAGAAAGCUCGAACAGUGCACGCCUACGACUGCAGCUUCAAUUAAACACGAAGUGCAUGUAGUUUAAUGCAGAGUCCGAUUGAAUACCGUUCUACACGCGAUGGCCUACUAACACUGUAACGUCAACAGAACGUGUGAAUCUUUCUGCACGAGAGAAGCUCUGCCCGACGCCCAAAUCGCGAGUUUAAACAUCAGUGGCACGUGCAUACGUGAAAAUGGUUCAGAAAGACAAAAUAAUUGAGUCGUCACAACCAGAAAGUGAAGCAAAUCUAGUGCCAACGGAAGCUGUUGCAGAUAAUGAAGUUCCAGUUGACGAGCUCAGUAUCGGACUUGAGCGAACAGGCGGCCACCGAAAAUUCAUCACUGGUGUUGUAGAGGGCUUUUAUGGACGGCCAUGGACAAUGGAACAAAGAAAAGAGCUCUUCAGAAGGCAGCAGAAAUGGGGAUUGAACACAUAUCUAUACGCCCCAAAAGAUGACUACAAACACAGAAUGUUCUGGAGAGAAAUGUAUUCUGUUGAAGAAGCAGAACAACUCACGACUUUAAUAAGUGCUGCUAAAGAGCAUGGGAUCGAGUUCAUUUAUGCCAUUUCCCCUGGUCUGGACAUUACGUUCUCAAAUCAAAAGGAAGUGUCUACAUUGAAAAGGAAACUAGACCAGGUCACACAUUUUGGGUGCAAGUCCUUUGCUUUACUGUUUGAUGACAUCGAUCAUAACAUGUGUCCGGCCGACAAGGAGGUAUUCAGCUCUUUUGCACAUGCCCAGGUGUCUAUCACCAAUGAGAUCUUUCAGUAUUUGGGAGAACCUGAAAUAUUCUUGUUUUGCCCCACAGAAUAUUGUGGAACAUUUUGUUAUCCAAAUGUGGCACAGUCGCCAUACCUGCGUACAGUUGGUGAAAAGCUGCUUCCUAGAGUUGAUGUGCUAUGGACAGGUCCCAAAGUGGUUUCUAAAGACAUAACUGUUGAAUCUAUUGAAGAAGUCACAAAGAUUCUGAGGAGAGCUCCUGUUAUUUGGGACAAUAUUCACGCCAAUGACUAUGAUCAGAAGCGACUUUUCUUGGGGCCUUAUAAAGGACGAUCCACAGAACUCAUACCCCGGCUUAAGGGAGUCCUCACCAACCCCAACUGUGAAUUUGAGUCCAAUUUUGUUGCCAUUCAUACGUUAGCCACAUGGUACAAGUCUAAUAUGAAUGGGGUGCGAAAAGAUGUUGUCAUGACGGACAGUGAAGACAGCACUGUGUCCAUUCAGAUAAAGCUAGAAAAUGAAGGCAGUGAUGAGGAGCUAGAAACCGACAUCCUGUAUAGCCCACAAAUUGCGCUCAAGCUGGCACUUUCUGAAUGGCUGAAUGAAUUUGGAGUGCCUCAUCAGUAUAACAGUCGACAAGUACCUCACAGUGGAGCUAAUAGCACUUCUAUGAAUGUUCCUCCGCUUAAUGCGUCCAGUCUGAGCUCUUCCACUACAGUGACCACAGUCUUCCAACAACCAAUCAUGAUCCCAGCCGUGCCUCUUAGUGAUGAACCCCACGUGCUCUGCAAAGAAGAGGAGGUGGAGGUGGAGAAGAAGGAGCUGGAUGAAGAACCUAUGGAGAUGGUGGUGGAGAAACACGACGAGGUAGAGGAAGUUAAAAAUGUCAACCAGAUCCUCACGGAGAUCGUCAAGGCAAAGAUGACUGAAGAUCUCAAACCUAUGGACACGGAUAAAGAGAGCCUGGCAGAGUCCAAGUCUCCAGAGAUGUCGAUUCAGGAGGAUUCAGGCAGCGACAUCGCACCGAUGCAGACUGAUGAUCAGCUCAACAAGGAAGUGUUUGUUCCAGGUCCCAAUGAGAAACCACUGUUCACUACUGAGGCACUUACUUUGGAGGAUCUGACCCUCCUGGCUGAGCUUUUCUAUCUCCCGUAUGAGCACGGUCCGAAAUCAGUACAAAUGCUGAAAGAGUUUAACUGGUUGAGAGCCAAUAGCAAUUUUGUCAGUGUUAACUCCAAAGGAAAGGAUCCAGAGAAGGUAGCUGAAUGGCACUCCAGAGCAGAAAACUUUGAGGAGAUGUGCUGCUCGGUCAUCCAGAUGUUCACCAAACUCUCCAACUCCGCCAACAGGACCAUUCUGUAUGACCUGUAUCCCUAUAUCUGGGAUAUCAAGAGUAUCAUCUCAAUGGUGAAAUCAUUUGUUCAGUGGUUAGGGUGUCGUAGUCAGUCAUCAACACAGUUCUUAAGUGGCGACCAAGAGCCCUGGGCCUUUAGGGGCGGUCUAGCAGGAGAGUUCCAGAGACUGUUGCCAAUUGAGGGGGCAAAUGAUCUUUUCUACCAGCCACCACCAUCAUUGCCAACUUCAAAAAUCUAUUCCAUAAGGCCUUACUUUCCUAAGGAUGAGUCUUCUGUCUAUAAGAUCUGCAAGGAGAUGUACACUGAAAGCUGUGAGGGCAUUCUUUUCUCAGAUGACUCGCCAGACCUUAUUGGAGACAGGUUAGUGGGAGGUUUUCUGAGUCUCAGUCCGGACUAUGGCUUUGUGCUCGAAGAUGACGAAGGUAUUUGUGGCUAUGCUAUGGGAACUGUGGAUGUCACACCUUUCGUGAAGAAAUGCAAGAUGAGCUGGAUACCGUUCAUGCAGGAAAAAUACAUCAAGCCAGACACCGAAAAAGACCUGUCAGAGGCUGAGAAAAUGAUGCUAAGCUUCCAUGAGGAGGAGGAUGUUUUGCCAGAAUCAUUCCUUAGUAACUUCCCAUCACUUAUUAAAGUGGACAUCCAUGCAAAGGUUACCGACCCCAGUGUUGCCAAGAGUAUGAUGGGUUGUCUUCUGUCAUCGCUUAAAGCCAAUGGCUCACAUGGUGCUUUCUGUGAGGUCCGACAGAUGGAUAAAAGAAUGUUGGACUUUUAUAGCAAACUUGGCUGCUUUGAAGUUGCCAAAAUGGAGGGAUUCCCAAAAGACAUUAUUAUAAUGGGGAGGAGUUUGUGAAUCUGUGUGAAGUCAUAGAUUCAUCAUACAGGGAGCCUCCUAAAAAGUGCACAAAGCUUUGGUCCACGUUCAAGGCCCAGAGAACAUCUUGCUACCUGUUCAUAAAACAAUCACAUGUUUGUAAUAGCAACUCUGUAAUGGUAGCCCAUUUCAUCUUAUUAGGCUUAAUGCACUUUUAUAAUUGUAGGUGCUGUUCAUAUAUUGUUCUUUGCCAGUCAGUGAUGAUGUAUUUAGGAGAGUUUGCGAGCGAGUGUGUGUGUACACAUUUGUGGGGUUUGAGAAAGGGUUAAAGAAUUUGAGUUUGAGCCUGCAAGAGUAAUUCAGGAUGCGUGAGUUACUUCGUAGUGAAGCCUUUUUUCUCCGGUGGGCAGACGGCUUGAGUUGGCCAAGUGCUAUUGAGUUUACAAAGUCUCUUAGAUGUGGUUGGCUUGCAGUUUGUGUUCAGCAUAUGUGCAUGUUUAAGUGGACAUGUAUAGAAUUUUCAGACUAAAACUCACCAUUGAUAAGAGACUUUCUCACUUUGCAACUUUUUUAAAUGGUUCAUUUCAAUGCUUUACAGUGUUCCAGCAAUAAUGUAGGAGUUGACUUCAUAACAGCCACGGUUUGUGUUAUUGCUUUUCAAGACGGUGUAAUAAAUCCUGCAAUUUUCCAGGUGCAAAAUAUAUGAGUGAGGUCAUUUAGAAAAUACUGAAGUCUAAAGAUAUCCAUGGGAUGUUUCUCGGUUAUUCUUAAAGAUAAAAUGGGCAAGACAAACACUUAAAUGGGCAGAUGUUCAUUUUCAUUAAGACAGCAUGAGAUAUUUUUGUGGAAGGCUUUGGGAUGUGUAUUCUCUAUUAAUACAUUUUUAUAUAUAAAAAAAAUGUCUGUUGCUUUCCUUUAGUUUAUGUUAAUGAGAGGUACAUUCCCACAAUUUGGCAUUUAAUAUAGUACAUUAUAAGUUAAGCUAUAAUUCUGACAGCAGGUCUUUUUGAAAUUUAUAGCCGAUUUAAUGUUGUCUUCAGCCAAAAUGAGGACAAAAAAAUAAAUGACACCGGAGUACUUGAUCAUCCCUCAUAUGCCUGUUCUUAUUCACUGUCUGCCUUUUUAUUCAUUUAUAUAAGAGUCACAUUUGGGUUUCUCUGAAAUGCAGUUCUCUAGCAAGCAACCAAGUCCAUCUCAGAAUUAUUUACCCAGAUGGAUGACCCAUAAGAUUUUCUCCAUGUUGAUGCUUUUGACAUUACUUUUUAUAAUAUUCUCCUAAUGUUAUGCUUUACCCUGAAUAACCAGGUGAGCACAAAUGACUCUCAUUCCUAUUUGUAACAAAUAAUGCCAGGGUUGAAGUAAAAAUGUACAUAGUUUUUGCAUGUGAUGGGCCAGCAGUUUGGGUCUUGAAAUAUUCAGCCUCAUUUUCCACCCACAAUCAAGAAACGUUGUAUUCUCUAAAUUGGCUAGUGUUUAUUUUUUAUGGUUUGCAGAAUUCUUUGCUUGGCUCAUUACGGUUUGGUUAGUCCACAUGUAAAGGGCUUUUUUUCUUCUUUUUUUUAAAGGUAUAUACAAUGCAUCUACUUAAAAAAGAUAAGACAUUUCUGUACUUCGAUGUAAUUAUGAUUAUGUAUGUGAAAUAGUAAUUUCUGUAAGGUUUGUAUGUAAUUAAGAUGGUUAUAAAAAUGUUAAAUGAAAGGCAUCUUAAAUAAAAAGUAAAUCUCCUUAA